CAGCCAUAACCUCAGAUUUACAUCUAAUGUUAUCUCAGUUCGUGUAUUGUCUUUACCGAGUUAUGUUUUCCUAAUAUUGCAAACUUAGCUGCAGAAUUCAAAUUUUUGAGCUUCCUUCAGUUUGUUGUCUUUUAUUGAAUUAUGUUCUCCUAUUAAUACGCCUGAUCCACGCAGCGUAAAUUUUUUCUAUAAUUAAAAUACUAUUCUCGCACGGUGACGCGCAGUUAGGUUAGCCUUUCCUGUACCGGACAAGUAAAUAAACACGAAUCUUGGCAAUGGCAAAUAAACAGUAUGGUUUAAUUUUGCCAAAGAAGCAGCAACAAACGACAACCUCAAAACUUGGAAAUGUUUUUGGAGAUGACGAUACUUCUGACGAAGAUGAUGGCACUGAUUGGGUCAAGAAAGCUUUUAAAGCAGAAGGUGAGAAGAAUAAAAUAAAGAAGCAGACCAAACUGGAUAUACAAAAAGCUCUAAAUGAGGACCCAACAAUUUAUCAAUACGAUGAAGUGUACGACGAUAUGGAACGCACCAAAAGUAAAUCGGAAAUCAAUAAACAGAAGGAGAAGAAACCCAGGUAUAUACAGAAUCUGCUAAAAACAGCCGAACGAAGAAAGAAAGAGCAAGAGCACAGAAUAGAGAGAAUGGUGCUAAAGGAACGUGAAGCAGAGGGUGAUAUGUAUGCAGACAAAGAAAGUUUCGUUACAGCAACAUACAGAACAAAGCUGGAAGAAUUUAAGAAGAUGGAAGAAGAGGACGCCAGAAUGAGCAGAUUGGAAGCUAUCGCUGAUGUGACAAAGCAGGAAAAUCUGUUGGGAUUUUAUCGUCAUCUGUACGAACAAACUGUUGAGUAUAAGGGGGAAACUAAUAACGACGAGAGCAAUGAUACAACUGAAAAGGAUGUCAAGCAAGACAAAACGCAAAAUUUGGCAAGUAAUAUAAAUGAAGAAAACCAAAAAGAUGCAACAGUGAAAGAAGCACCGGCGGAGAUACUAAAAGCAACUGUAAAACCUAAAAAAUCCAGGCAAUAUAGAAAAAGGGCGAUAGAAACUUAUGAAUCUGAUUCUGAAACGGAGACAAGUAAAGAAGAGUUAAAGAAAGAUGAAACUGUUACUUCACCGGAGAACAAAAAUACUGAUAAAUCAGAAGUUCAAGAAUCUGAGAAAAAGGAACAAGAAUUGGAUAAAAAUGAUGCAAAUAUCAUUGAAAAUACCACAGACACAAACGAUAAAGAUAUAAAUACAAAGGACGCUAAAAUACCUUUAAGUACUAAGGAAAUUGCUCCAGGAAGUGAAGAAACCGAAAAUAAGAAGAAGCCUGUCGAAACGAAGGAUAGACGUUCCAUUUUGGAAAAGAGAACAAUAGGUCCAGUACUCGAAGCAGCGUUGCAAAGAUAUUACGCAAGGAAGGCAAAGAGAACAGCCGCGACAUAAUCAGAUGUAUUUUAAAUUUGUUUAAUUGUAGCACUGAUGAUAUGUAAUAUCUCUUUUUUUUACCGAGGACAAAAUAUUGAUAAUAUUAGCUUGG